AUGGCGGAAGAAAACUCAGCUCCGCCACGAGGAGAAGAGAGGGGGAGCGCGCAGGAGGGGGCGAACGUGCAGGGGGAAGCGCCCCCACAGGGGGAAACGCGCGCACUGGGGGAAACCGGGGGAAAGGGGGAAGCUGGGGGAGCGGAGCUGAUGGACACCACCGAUGCGCCGAAGCAGGGACUGUCGCUCCUGCUGGCGUCAGCUGAGCUCAUCAGCCAAGGCGCGGAAGCGAGAGUGUUCGCAGCAACGUUCUGCGGGCGGCCAGCGAUACUCAAGCAGCGAUUUGAGAAGAAGUACCGCCACCCCACGCUCGACGCCCGGCUCACCUCCAAGCGCCUGCACACGGAGGCGAGGAACAUGGUGCGGGCGGCGAAGCUGGGAGUGGCGGUGCCGGUGCUGUAUGGAGUGGAGGAGGGGGAGCGGUGCAUCGUGAUGCAACGAGUGGGAGGGCGCAGCGUCAAAGACCUCUUCCUCUCCCUCGCCCACCACUCCCCCUCUGCUGCUGCUGUUGCUGCUGCUACCAAUACCAGCGCAGACCCACCUGUCAGUACAGGCACGGGAACACGCACGGGUGCAGGAACAGGAACAAGUCAGGAUAGGGCGAGGGGCGAGGGGCUGCACCCGUGGGUGGCAGAGGUGGCGGCAUGGAUGGGCGAGGCGAUAGCAAAGCUACAUGAUGGUGGCAUGGUGCAUGGCGAUCUCACCACCUCCAACAUGCUGCUCUCGCCCCUCCCUGCUGCUGCUGCUGCUGCUGCAUCCGUGGCUUCACCAACACCAGCAGCACCGGCAGCAACCCCAGCAGCAGCAGUGCCACCCGAAAGAGCAGCAGGGGCAGCGGGGGAGGCAGCAGGGCCAGCGGCGGCAGCAGGGGGGGCAGCAGGGGCAGCGGGGGCAGUGGGGGCAGUGGGGGCAGGGAGGGAGCGCGUGGUGGUGAUAGACUUUGGGCUGAGCUUCAACUCCACCAUUGCGGAGGACAAGGCUGUGGAUCUCUACGUGCUUGAGCGGGCACUCAUCUCGUUGCACUCCAGCAAUGGGGAUAUUAUGUCGGCAGUGCUGACAUCGUAUCGCCACCAUUCAAGGUUCUGGAGCGCCACACUGAACAAGCUGGGGCAAGCUAGACAGCGGGAGCUGCACCGCGCCGCGCAUCUCGCCGCACCAGCCGCUGCUGCCGCCGUUGCGCUGCUGCGACACACCCAGCUGCUCACGUCGCCGUCCUUUUCCCCACCGCUUAUCACGCCUCGAGAUGCCGCGCCUCGCUCUCCAUCGGCGGGGCUGUCCGUAUUCAACGGACCGUACGGCGGCGUUGCCUCUCCCGCAUCAUCCGCAGCUUCUCGUGCCGAAUCGAGCGCGAUCAACGGCGCGAUCAGCGGCGCAAUCCACGGCGCAGUUAACGGCGCAGUGAGCAGCCCGAUCGACGGGUCCCUUAAGAGAUUAUUCUCGAGCUUAGCCCCGAGGCGCGGUCUCUCUCCUACAAUCACCCACCACAAACCUGCCUCCACGUCAUCAUCCAUGUCAUUCUCGCCGCUGCUUGGUCCCAGCAAUCGCCCCUUCCAUAGUGGCAUCCCCACCGCUCGCAAUGGCUGGGGUUUCGGAUCUGAUGACACGUGGCAGAAUUUGGGAACAUCGUCAUCCUCUCUGACCAAUUGGGGCGUGCGAAUCGUCCCCGAGAAAAGCGCCUUCGUUAUAGAGCGAUUCGGGAAGUAUUACAAGACUCUAGGUUCCGGCAUUCACCUACUAAUUCCGUUAGUUGACCGAAUCGCGUACGUGCACUCGCUGAAAGAGGAGGCGAUCCCGAUCCCCAACCAAUCAGCGAUCACCAAGGAUAACGUCAGCAUUCAGAUCGACGGAGUGCUGUACGUACGGAUCGUGGAUCCGGUGCAAGCAUCGUACGGUGUGGAGCGGCCGCUGUACGCAGUGGUGCAGCUGGCACAGACGACCAUGCGCAGCGAGCUGGGGAAGAUCACCCUCGAUAACACUUUUGAGGAACGGGAUAUUCUCAACACCAAUAUUGUGAGGGCGAUCAACGAAGCCGGGCAGGCAUGGGGCAUAGAGUGCCUGAGAUACGAGAUCCGUGACAUCUCACCUCCUCCUGGAGUGCGGGCGGCCAUGGAGAUGCAGGCUGAGGCGGAGAGGCGGAGGCGCGCUCAAGUUCUGGAGUCAGAGGGAGACAGGCAGGCGAACAUAAACAUGGCAGAAGGGCGCAAAACGGCAGUCAUCCUCGAAUCAGAGGCCGCCAUGUCAGACCAGAUGAACCGAGCCAAGGGAGAGGCGGAGGCGAUAGUGGCAAGAGCGAGGGCAUCAGCAGAAGGCAUUGAUGUGCUGGCCAGAGCGCUCAUGGCUGAAGGCGCCACCCAGGCCGCCAGCUUGCGAGUGGCAGAGCAGUAUGUCGCAGCCCUGGCGAACCUGGCGAAGCAGGGAACGACAGUGCUGCUGCCGAGCAACGUGGGUGACCCGUCCUCCAUGGUGGCGCAAGCACUCGCCAUCUAUAAGACCGUAUCCAGUUCCCCUGCAGGUGUGACUGUACCGAGCACCCCUACAGAUGUGACUGUAUCCGGUGACGCUGUAACAGGUGGAGGGGCAAGUGAGCCGAGGAAAGCUGGACUCGUAGGGUUGCAAUCGCAGGAGAGGGAUAGAGAGGUUGGGGCUGCGAGCAGGGAGAGUGGUAGCGAGGCGGUGGAUGGUGGUGGGGCUGGUCGGAAAGGGACUGGCUUCUCAUUGCAAGCACCACCUAAGUGA